CACAGGAUCCAUUCCUACUUCACACGCAAGGGCAGAGGCCCAAGAUGCCAAGAUAUUACUAUGCUUUUGAGUGUGAGCUUGAGCUUAAGCUUAAAAUUGGUGCUAAUAAGCUUACCUCAAACUCAUUUGGAGCCCGUCUGAUACAAUCAUUGUAAGUAUAUUCCCACUAUCAUGACUUAAGUGGGGCUAUACAAUUUCUGGGGUUCGUCCGCGUCGACUACCAUGUUCUAGGAGUUUUAUUAUCCAAGAUUAAUUAUGGAGGCUCAAGCAAAGAUGGGCAUCGGCAGGAUUUUGAUACGGGUCUACCUGGUCUUGUACCGUCGACCAGGUUGAAUCUUUUUGAAGGGAGACAACCACAUUCAAAACGUUUAUUACCCAACUCGCCUUUAGUGGAGAUUGCUUUUUCACGUCUCUAUAGUUCUGGCCUGUCUUAACUUAAUUACCUUGCUCGAUUUAAAGUUUGUGACUAUUCCAACCACACUUCUUCAAACAUGAUAAACUUCGGAACAACACUACUUGAAAUGGAACUGCCUCGAACUUCCCACUGGACCCAAUCAUCAAAUUCUAUUGUCCACUUUCAACCCAGAUCAUAUACACCAAAGAUGUCGCUAAGCCCUCCUGGAAGUCCAAGUAGUGUGGAGUCUGGUGGUAUUAGACGAUAUCGCAGGACUACGGCUUGUACAACAUGCCGCGACAGAAGAGUAAAAUGUAGCCGCGACAGGCCAUCCUGCAACCAAUGUAAGAAGGGGGGACGACUUUGUAAAUACUUGAACAGCGAAAUACCCGAAUUUGAGUUUAUUGAGGUGAAUGUAUCAAGGAGUCCGGCUAGGAAAUCGCCAUCGCCAGUUAUGUCAAAUCCAAUCACCGAAAGGAAAUCCGGUAUCAAGUCAAAAGCAAGUAGUCGAUCGGUGGCUAAAGCGUCCCAAAUACCAUCAUCUCGAUUUCCCCCAAAGACGCUGGCGAAUAAUAUCGAUACUCAAUUCCAUCAACCCAUCAAAAAUACAGCGAUUCCCCUUGGGGCACUCGGCGAAGAUUUCGUUUCCUGUUUUCGGACGAAAGUUCCAGCGCGAGAAGUUUGUGAUCAUUUCUUGAACAACUUCAUAGGACUACAAUCUGCAGUGCCAAUAUGUCAUAUUGAUACUCUUAUAGAUGAGUAUACAAGUUUCUGGGCCAACCUUUCUCCUAAGACCUCGGUUGAAUCUACCUUACUCAUCUUAGCUGUCCUAUAUUGUGGGGCUGCCAAUUCUACCAUAAAUAUUUCACAAUCAACAACAUUACACGAUCUAUACGAACAGCUAUUAGAUAUAGUUAAUCUUCCAACAUAUCAUUGCACACGCCGAGGGUCAUCUGCGAUCCAGCUUCUGCAGGCUUACCUUCUUGUAAACACAUUUCAAGCUAGCACAUCGUCCUCACAAUUCCGGUAUGGAUUUUUACCCCACGCAAUUAGACUCGCUCAAUCAUUACAACUCCAAUACGACAAACCAUAUCAAAGUAAUGGUGUCCAAGCUGAAGUUGAGAAGAGAAUCUGGUGGCAUUUGUUGUUUUUAGAUCUCCAGUCGACUAUCACGACUGGCGCACCUUCGCUGAUAACUAGAAAUGGAUACACAAACGAUGUUUCGUUACCCAUGGUGUUGAAUCAUGCCUCUAGUCAAGAUUCAGCUUCACCGAUGAUGAUCGCCUUUUACGGCCAGUGCCAGUGGGUGCGUUGUAUGCGCGAAUGGGUCAUGAAGAUGCCAACGCAGGGAGAUGCGGUUCAUCUCGUCGAAAGCAUCGAAAAUCUACUGGAAUUAUUACCGGGAGCAAAAGCAGAAAACUUGGGACCGCAGGCGUACCUGAAGUUAUUGAUUGAUAGUGCAUAUUGCCUUCUCGGCUUGAACUUCUGUCAAGCAAAACAGUUGCAGGACAUUGGGUGGCGAAGUGAUAUUGUCCGGGCUGCAAGUUCGUUCCUGCAAAACUACCUUUCUCUAUCCGAUACGACCUCCAUAACACCAUUGAAGUGCAUUCUUCCUGGUCUCAUACAGCCUCACCACGCUGUCUUUAUCCUCCUCAUGCACCUUAGUUUGUGCACUUUUUUGGAUUCAAAUGCUCAAUCACUGAAAAUUCUUGUGGACAAAGUCUUUAAUGCCGAAAUAUCUAGCCCCAGACUUGGUGCCAGUUGUACCGCUUCUAGAUCGCCCAAAUUCAUACACUCUAGCCCUACUUCUCGGAUCUCGCGCAAGUCAUAUGGUUACCCUCGUCAAGAUGUCCUCAUCCUACUCUAUAGAAAAGUACAAGCUAAACUUGGCCGGAACACACCAAAAUUCACAGCCGUGUCUUGCUCUGCUUCUCCCAAUAUCGGGGUUUUACCCCAGCUUGAAGGCUUGGUCUCGCGAGACGCAAAUAGCAACAUUGUUUCCAGUGAGAAUUCCGCAAGUGGACAUGCAGGAACUAAAUGGAUGGAAUUGUCCAUGGAGAUGAACACUGAGGACUAUAUGAUGGAUAGAGAGUUGGAUGAUGUCUUUAGAGGCGGACGAGAUGUAUGGAACAAAUGGGAAAGACUGAUAGGUGCGGUUUUCAAGUGCUGAAAACCGGACGGUGGGAGAUUUUGGUAUGACGCAGAGCUUUUAAUAACUAGCUUGUAACUUAUGAAGUAUCUUGGUAUAAUAGCAAAAAC